CGUCGGAGGACGACGUCGGGGACCGGUCCGUGGCGGAGCUCGUCGCCCCCCUGCGGUCGGCCUUCAGCGUCGUGACCUUCGACGAGGUCCAGAAGGUCCUGGAGGCCGUCAGGAGGAGGUCCGACCGCGAGGUCGAGCGCCUGCGGAGGGAGAACCGGUCGUUCAGGGACGAGUUCGUGCGGCUGAAUCUGGUGAACAUACGCCUGGCGGGCGAGCUGUGGAAUUCUGGGAGCGGCGGCGAUGAUGAGUGUGAGGUGGCUGGGACGGCGGAGGAUGUGUACAAUGUUCUUAAGGAUAAAGUGGGGAGAAGAGGAGGAGGAGGAGGAAGAAGAAAAGAGUUUGAAGGAGAUGGUCGUCGAGAUGAGGAGGAAGAACGAAGAAUUGGAGGGCGAGAAGAGGGAAUUGGAGGGUAAGAAGAGAGAAUUGCAGAGUCAGCUUCGGGUUUGGGAGGGGAAAUACAAGGAAUUGGACCAGAGGGUCCUGCAGCUGGAAAGAGACACUUCGAUGUUGAAAGAUGAGGGGCAAUGCGUUUUGGGUAACGGAGAAGGGGAAUCGGUGGUUCAGCGAGAGCCUGAUGGGUUAGUCAAUGGGGUGGGCGAUCGCGGCUCUACUCAGCGUGGAAGUGAUUCUAAGGGUGGUGGCGGAAGUGUCUCCCUCGGGUGCAAUGCGAGGAGGAAGGUGGAUUUCGGUACAGGUUCUUGCUUGUCACCCUUAGCGGGUUCGAAUAGUAAAUCUCCAGUGAUUAAGGAUGGAGUUUUAGGGGCCUUACCAGGUGAUGGAAGUACCCCAAUUGUUGAGAUAAUUGAGAGUGAUGACGAUGGUGGUGGGCCCUCUGAAAAGCUAGCAGGGGAUAUAUAUCGUGGUAGAAGAAAUGAUGAGAAAGGGAACAAAGAGCUCAAAAGGAAAAGAGGUUCGUUUUCUUCUGUUUUUGAAGAACCUUUAACCCAAACUCUGCGAGGUAUAGCAACUGCUCUCAAACAAUGUGGUCAGAAAAAUAUCAAAGAAAAAGACUCUGAUAACAGCUUCAUUAAGUUAGCUGGGGUCAACACCAUAAAGCAUGAAAACGGGGAUGGUUCAGCAUCCGCUAAGUCAGAUGAUGGAAGUUCUUUGCAGAACGAACGUUGGAAGUAUAAGGCCAAUAUGCUUGACGAUAUCACUGAAGAUGAUGAGCUAUGUAUCAAGGCUGUUUGUGCACUUCAUAGAUGGCAAAUGUCAAAGUUAAUGGAGAGGAGCACCCGCCAGGGCUUUGAUGGCCUCCUUUCACCAAAGGAAAAGGCUUUGGCUGAGUUUCUGACAGGGGGAGAUCCCGAGGGUAAGCUGAAAAAAUCUGUCAUGGAUUUGCGUGAUCACAGCCCUGAAGGCCUGGCGGCCUGCAGGAAUAUAGUUACCAAACACUUCGAGCAGCUGUUUAUAAUGUACCAGAAGAAAGGGGAUCCCUUUUUCCCCUCCUCGUAGUACGUGAUAUAACUCCUUGAUUAUUUGUGAUCAUCGUGCCAGGAAGCGCUGCAGUUUUUGAAGGGCUAUUUGGUUAGCAGAUCUCAUGUUUAUAGCCUUUUGCCUUUACCUACUUGUGCCAUUGCCUGCUAUUUGCAGUUUUUACUGAUUAGGUGCCCACAAAUUUUUUUUCUUGUCUUUUUGGUUAGUUUCUUGAACAUGGUGUGCAAAAAUCAACCAUCUUGGAA